GCCCCUUUAAGCAGAAGCAGCAGGUUUGGAUGGAGGUCGUAAGUAGAGUGGUACUUCGUGAUGUCCUUUGGUUCGCACUGAUGAUCCUGUGUAGAUGAAACAUUAACUUUCUUUCCUUUCCUACUCCCAUAUGGAUUGCAGUCUCCCCACCCACUGAGACCUUUCCCAGACACCUUACUCACUAUUUUCUGGGAUCCUUAUCAUCAUCUUUAAUGUGACAGGAAAUAAACAAAAGAGGAAAGGGGUAUUUUGUUGGAUUGUUUGACAGGAUUUAUAUCUCUUUGGAGAAUGAAGCUGUUCUACUGGAUAUCUAUAAUCUUCAGCAACUGGAUUCUACACAAGGUAGUAUGUACAGAUGACCACAUGCCAGAAGCAUUGGGACACCUUGACCUGGCAGCCACAGGAGUCAUAAAAGGCUUGCCAUAUGGUUUGCCAAAAUCACCACCAUUAACCAAUUCUAAAAUAUUCUCAGACAACCCUCUUAAAUCAAAGACAGAUACCUACAGCUUUCUGAAUCCAUGGGACUGGUCCAAAAAUCAGACGACUGCUUAUCCCAAACGAAAGAUACCAAUGAAAUCAUCCAGAACCAAGAAGAUUUUUGGGUGGGGGGACUUCUAUUUCAAUAUAAAAACAGUCAAGUUUAGCCUUCUGGUGACUGGCAAAAUCAUAGAUCAUAUCAAUGGCACUUUCAGUGUUUACUUCCGUCACAACUCAUCCAGCCUUGGGAAUGUCUCCGUUAGUAUUGUCCCACCAAGUAAAGUGGUGGAUUUUGAUAUUCUCCAGCAAUCAACAAUAGAAACCAAAGAGUCCAAGGCAUUCAAUUGCCAUGUGGAAUAUGAGAAGACAAACCAUGCUAGGAAGAACAAACCAUGUCUAUACGACCCAUCCAAGAAUUGUUUCACAGAACACACACAGAGUCACGCUGCAUGGCUCUGUGCCAAGCCUUUCAAAGUCAUCUGCAUAUUUAUCUCUUUUUAUAGCUUUGACUACAAACUGGUGCAAAAAGUAUGUCCGGACUAUAAUUUUCAGAAUGAGCCCCCAUAUUUUGGCUGAAAGAUGAACCCCUUCCCUUCUCAGCUCUUACGUCUCUGGACCAGAAAAGCAAAGACUAGCUUUGGUGGAGACCAGGAUUACAGCUAGUUGAAAGUUAUUGUAUAAAUCUUGGGUUUAUUGUACAGUAAUUUUAUACAGUUCACAGUGGUAAACAGGGGGUAAGGUUUUCAACCUAGGGAUUUUGCCUGCAAAAAUAUGCCAGAUUUAAAAAUAUCACAGUUUGUCAGACGAGUCCAGAAAAGACAGAAAAUACUUUAAAUAAGAGAGACAGGGAGUCAGAAAGUGAGAUCAGAGGCAGAUAAGAAGAAAGAGACAGAAUGCCCAAAUAUUUAGUUUCUAAUGGUUAAUAAAUCACAGAAUUUCUGUUGUUGUAAAUGUAAAUUAUGCUUUCCAGAAGCACAACCCAAAAAUGUGAAUCAGUCACAUCUGUAAUAUUAUACAGCCUCCUCCCCCAGCACCAUGUUGAAACACUAAUAUGCAACAACUUUUGCUGUAGGUGAGUGGGAGAUUUUACGAUGUAGACAAUGGCCCUCACCUAUGGCCUGAAAUAAGACCAGUAUUGAUCACUUGAUCUACAGUCUGAUAUCAAGAUAGUUUUUAAUUCUAUCAGUCAGUUUAAUGUUAUAUUGCACUAACAUGGCUGUUUUAAAUAUCAGAAGUUCUUUGCAGUUUCCUUAUUUCUAUUGUAGAAAACACAAUGGUAAAAAACAUACAUACUUUUGGAUUUACAUAAGCUAAGAACUACUCAGUACCCCUUAGUGCAUUAAAAUGGUUCUUUUCACUAAACCUGAACUUUCAAAGGGAACAUGCUACAUUUCUAAUGAAGAAUGCAAUACCCUGAUGUAAAGGAUGUAAAGCCACCACGUGAAAAAUAUCAAGAUCUGCUUCUUGAUGUACAGCUUGCAGAGUCUUUGUUUAUGUUAAUGAUUUGUCUGAUAUUUAAGAAUGUAUUAUAAAAUAAAUAUAAUAUUUAAAUGAGAAAACUGAAGAGUGUCAAAUACCUCAUGCUUCAAAAUCAGUCUGUAAACUUAUACUUUGAAGCCCUCUGGGUGCCAGUAAGUUCAAGAAGCCUAGAAUUGACAGCUUACUUUCGGAGGCUUUUAAAUAAUGCUUCAUAUUUCAUAUAUUUUUAAUGAAUUUCCUGUAUAUAAAGGACUUGUUUAUACAAAUCACACAUGGAGCUGGUCAUUCUUGCUAUGAUAGUAUUCAAAUGUUGGCUCGAACUCCAUCACAACUUGUACAUUGCAAAUAUACUGUCACUAUAAUAAGA